UUGUUUGUAUAUCUUGACGUCUAUAUUUUAACAUGUGCUUACUACACGCCUGAAUAAAACAAUGCAAAUUGUUUGAUACAAAAUUGGACAUUUAUUUCACAGAAACAAUUAAAUAUACCAGAAUGCCACCUAUAGCGCAAGAAGGAAAUUGUUUAAUUUAUAGCGGCAGCAACUUUCUUAAGCAGCGCCUUAUACUCUCCUGUCUCAGUGGAAAACCUGUAAAAAUAACACAAAUUCAUAUAAAUGAUGAUACGGCUCCCGGUCUACGUGAAUACGAAAUUGGGCUGAUAAGGUUACUUGAUAAACUUACAAAUGGAACAAAAAUUGAACUUAACCCAUCGGGUACUUCAAUCCUCUUCACACCAGGUCUCUUGUAUGGCGGUUUAUUACAACAUGAUUGCUGCAUACAGCGUGGUAUAGGCUAUUAUUUGGAUGUAUUAAUAGCUCUAGGUCCGUUUUGUAAAAACCCAAUUAACGCAACUCUGAAAGGUGUAACAAAUAGCAAAGACUCGCCUUCAGUAGAUCAUAUUAAAGGGUCGGCAUUGCCUGUGUUAAAACGUUUCUUAGUUGUAGACGAAGGAUUGGAACUGAAAGUGGUGCGAAGAGGAGCCGCGCCUCUCGGUGGAGGUGAAGUUCAAUUCCGGUGUCCAGUGCGUAAAAAUUUACGUUCACUACAAUUUCAGUCACAAGGCAUGGUGAAACGCGUACGGGGCACUGUGUACGCGUGCAAGGUUUCGCCGGCAAUGGCUAAUCGAACAGUUGAGGCGGCAAAAGGUGUUAUGCUGAAGUUUCUGCCCGAUGUGUACAUAUAUACAGACCAGAACCGUGGUAAAAUGUCUGGCAAUUCCCCAGGGUUCGGUAUAUGCUUAAUAGCGGAUACAACGGACGAUGUGUGUUACGGUGCCGAAAGCAUAUCAAAUAGUAAAGAAGAAGGAAAAGAUCCAUCAGUGCCUGAAGACUUGGGACGCGAAGCUGCAAUGAAGUUACUUGAUGAAAUUUAUCGCGGAGGCUGCUGCGACUCCUCAUAUCAAUGGCUUGUUACCCUGUUCAUGGCGUUGAGCCAAAAAAAUGUUUCAAAGUUCUUGACAGGACCACUUUCCACAUAUACCAUACAUUUUCUGCAAAAUUUACGCGACUUUUUUUCAAUAACAUUUAAGUUGGAAAAUCCUGAAAGUGAUGAUCAAGAUGAUGCAAUGCCAGGCGCCCAAAAAGUGCUGAUGACUUGUGUGGGCAUCGGGUACACGAACAUAAGUAAACGUGUCAAUUAAGCGUAAUAAUAAAGUAUAUAUGUAGAUUAAA